UGUUGAGACUCAUGUGUUACAUGUUUAUUGUGGAAGAGCCACUCGUGGAUUGUACUAAAAUAGUGGGAGAUAGUAGCUUUAAAACGUGUUAUUUUCGUCAAAUUUGUGUUGGAAUACUUGUGCAGAAUUAAAACUUUGAUGGAAACAGCAUGCAAAGAUGGGGAAACAGGCAAGCAAGCAUGUGUGUCGCACUAAGGAACCACCCGAAGCUGAAUGUUUCCUGGUGAAUGCCAGACUAAACAAAGCCCUGGAGGAACAGAUUCUCAAACAGACCAAGACAACAGGGUUCAACCUGGCCAACUACAACCUCAACCACUCUAUUUCUGAAUUAUCAAUUAGUAUAGAAGACAACUCCACCGGUAUGCCGUUACGAGUUGAGUUACCGCCUCAAAAAAUGGACACUGAUGCCAGCAAAAUUUUAGUGUUUGAUCAGGCUGAGUUGGAUAAGAAAGGGGACAAGGGAGAUAAUAAAACGGACACACGUUUGAACAUAGAGGAGUUUGAGUGUGGGGUCAAGUUUGGUGGAACAGACAACAACAAACAAGAAUGGUCAUUUACUCUGUACGACUUUGAUGGGCACGGCAAGAUCACAAAAGAGGAUCUUGCCAGUUUGCUGAAGGCUCUCUAUGAUGCUGUAGGGUCAUCCAUUAAAAUUCCUUCAAACGGAACCAAAACACUCAAGUUACGUCUGACGGUCGGACAAGAUGGCUCCCAGCUACCAGGCAACCGGACAUCACCUUUAAAAGUUAAAGACUGUGGGAAAGACAAAGUGAAGGAAAUUUCAAAAUCAAAAGACUCUCCUAAAUCAAAAGAAUUCUCAAAGUUGAAUAACCUUACAAGAACUCAUGUUCAAAUGCCAAUUAAGUGUAACAAUGAAAAUAAAGGACAAUCUUCGACAGGAGUGAAUCCAACAUCUUGUCAAGGUCAAGGGGUCAAUCAUACUUCAUGCCAAGGUCAAGGGGUCAACCAGAGAUCUUGUCAGGGUCAAGGGGUCAACCAGACAUCUUGUCAAGGUCAGGCAGUCAACCCAGGAUCUUGUCCUGGACAGACCUGUACUAAAAGGAUACAGCUCACCUCCCAAGAACAACAGGAGCUGGCCGAACUUGUUCAGGAAAACAUGGAGCGUAAUCACAUCAAACAACUGCGACGCCAUCAUAGUGAUUGUAAAGGCACCACUAAGGAGCAUUCAAACCACAAACGACGUCACCGGGGCCACAAAAACAACAAUGCCAGUGCACCUGUUGAUGUCAAUAUCAAUAACCAUGGUGACCAGGCAAAGGAGUGUCAGGAUCGGCGUAAUUAUUACCUAGACCUCGCUGGAAUAGAACAUAACGCAAUCACCAAGUGUCAGUCAUUCACAAACAAUGCCAUUGGUCAGGCUCAAACUUCCCAGCCCCUAGGGAGUCAGCACCACCGAUCACGCUCCCAAGAUACCAAUCACAAAUGUGACAACAUUCGGCGUGAAACUGAGUGUCUGAAUGUGAAACAUGAACAGCAGCAAGCAGUAGCAGACAGUAGUGCAAAGCAUGACCAUAUUAGGUCACGGUCAUUUGACCCACAGGAAACAGCUGUCAGGUCACCAAAAGGUCACCAUAAAUCUGCAGGGUCAUCUCCACAUAAACAUGGGCGAUUUCGACCAGUUAGUUUACCAAUGCAUAUUCCUGACUCCGUGUCGGCACACUACCAUAGACGGCACCGGCACCGAGAGAAGGACCACGACCUGGCAAUGCAGCAGGUCGCUGAGUGGAUCGAGCGUGAGCAUACAUGCGAUUUGGAUGGCGAUCGCAUUGUUGUGCAGCGACACGAGCAUCACCAUGUUCAUGAGCACCACCAUCACCAUCAUUAUCACCACUACUACGAGGCGUGACUUGAUGGCUAUCUCUAAUACUCAGAUGUGUUCACGUUAUACUCCAGGCAUAUCAGCCUUCAUUCACCACACCCAGCUCAAUCAAGGUGCUCGGACAUUGUACGGAACAAGCUGGUGGAACUCCGACUUCAGGGAGGAGUUCUUAACAGUUUUUUUGUGAACAUCUCAAAGACCAUAACUUGGGUCUCCAGAUGGAUCAUACCACAGUGAAAGAUUAGGGCUCAUACUUUUAAGGUGCUGAUACUACAAGUCAUUAACACUAGAAAUCCACUCCUCGUUUUUCGUUACUCUAUGUAACCCAUAUCUUACUCAUCAGAUCAGGAAAUGUACUAAUCCAGGGUUUUAUACCCGGGUACUUAUCUCAGAAGAUAUUGAGGUAUGAGAACACAACUCCUGGAUUUUUGAGAAAGGGGAAGAUAACUCCUACAGAUCCAAAUCUGGAGAAGACACCUCUCCUGGUUUCUUUCAUGUAUUUCCUGCUUUCUUGACAAGAGAAUUGCUUUCUUCAGGGGUUGAUAACUCCUGUUUAUAUUUAUUGGGCAAAGACAACCUCUUAUUUUCGGAGUAUCAAUUGAUUAUUCCUGGAUCUUUUGAGCCAGGAAAAGAUAACUCUAGUUGAAAUCAGUUCAUGAUAUCAUUAUUACAGUGUUAUUGUUGUAAAGCAAGUUUCCAUGGCAAUGCUUACCACCAAAGAUUAAAAGACUUGACCUUGCUUCAAGUCUUCUGUGAUAAAACCACAAGAGUUCGUACCUCUGAGUGCAGGGUUCCAAUAUUGCAGCUCUACAGCUCUUUGUUGCCUGGAUACUACCUCAGGUGUUGCUAUGGACACUGUUGCUAUUGGAAACCCUGUUGAUGUUACCAUGGACGAUGUUAUAAGUUGCUAUUGGAAACGGACUAUUUUAUUUCCUCAGUGAUAUGAGGGGUUGUAGCCAUUGUCGUUAUAAUCAAAAACCUUUGCAAGAGGUGAGAGGUCAUGUCGCAUUUUCAUCUGUUUUAAUUUUUCAUCCUGUCUGUGAUGUGCUUGGACGUGUUCCACUGCAAGAUUGUCAAUAUUCAUGAAAAACAUAUAUCUAUAUCUAUAUAUAUAUAUUUAUAAAAUUAGUGAAAGAUCUAGAGGUACAAGUGUAGUGUUUAGAUGUAGACAACACAUAUAUAUUGUCUCCUACAUCAAGAUCUUCAAUCCAUUCUCUUCCCUAAUGUUUCUCCAUUUACAUGGAUGGAUGGUUGUUAUAGAUAUUACAGCACAAACAAUACAUGUCACUGAUGUUGAUACAUGUAAUUAUAACAGAUUAUAAAGAUUGGGAAACUGAAAAAUUUUAACCAAAUCUCAUCUUCUGAUGGUAUGCAUAAUUUAUCAGCAUUUUGUGAAAUUGUAAUAUUUUUAACGCUUCUUGCAAUAGUUUCAUUCAACAAAUUUGAAUUAUAUUUGUUAUGUUACUUUCUAUUGUAAGGAUGUCAGAUUCUGUCAUUUGUUGAUCAUUUCCUCAUCUAUUUACAUGCUGCGUCAUGUACAAAGCUAUUUACAUGAUGUGUUGUGUACAAAGCUAUUUACAUGAUGUGUUGUGUACAAAGCUAUUUACAUGACUUGUUGUGUACAAAGCUAUUUACAUGACUUGUUGUGUACAAAGCUAUUUACAUGACUUGUUGUGUACAAAGGUAUUUACAUGACUUGUUGUGUACAAAGCUAUUUACAUGAUGUGUUGUGUACAAAGGUAUUUACAUGAUGUGUUGUGUACAAAGCUAUUUACAUGACUUGUUGUGUACAAAGCUAUUUACAUGACUUGUGUACAAAGCUAUUUACAUGACUUGUGUACAAAGCUAUUUACAUGACUUGUUGUGUACAAAGCUAUUUACAUGAUGUGUUGUGUACAAAGCUAUUUACAUGAUGUGUUGUGUACAAAGCUAUUUACAUGAUGUGUUGUGUACAAAGCUAUUUACAUGAUGUGUUGUGUACAAAGCUAUUUACAUGAUGUGUUGUGUACAAAGCUAUUUACAUGAUGUGUUGUGUACAAAGCUAUUUACAUGACUUGUUGUGUACAAAGCUAUUUGCAUGAUGUGUUGUGUACAAAGCUAUUUACAUGACUUGUUGUGUACAAAGCUAUUUACAUGACUUGUGUACAAAGCUAUUUACAUGAUGUGUUGUGUACAAAGCUAUUUACAUGAUGUGUUGUGUACAAAGCUAUUUACAUGAUGUGUUGUGUACAAAGCUAUUUACAUGACUUGUUGUGUACUAAGAUAUUAAAAUGACUUGUUGUGUACUAAAAUAUUUACACAAAAUUGUGGUAUGUAUUUAACUAUUUUGGUGAUCAUUUUGAGUUUGGAGCGUAAGCGAUCUCUCUGUUGUACCUUUCUAAAUAUUAUUAUCAUAUAACCUCUUUGGUUAAGAUUUGGAUGCUUGGUCUUGUUGCUAUAUAGUUACCUGUAUCAGAGUAGCUCAACUGUUUUACUACCUCAGUGAGCGAGAGUGUGUGAGUGAAAGAUGUAGUGUCGAAUGAUAUAGAGGUGUGGUUAUAUGUGUGCAAACAAAUUGUGUACACAUGUUUAUGUGUACCUGUGCACACCUGUGAUUUGUAGGUGUUUACACCUGUGAAUUAGUGAGGUGUUUAUUUACCUGUACAGAUGUCUACAGUGAACAUACAAGUAUAUAGGUGUGUACAUGUAUACAUAUACCUGUUUACACUUGUAUUGGUGUACCUUUACAUAGCAGUACAAAUAUACCUGUGUAUAUGUACCUGUUAACACCUGUAUUUUUGUACCUCUACAUAGCAGUACAAUAUACUUGUGUAUAUGUACCUUUCAAUGCCUGUAUUUGUGUACAUUUAAAUAGAAGUACAGGUAUACAUAUAUAUAUAUACAUGUACCUGUUAACACCUGUAUUUGUACCUAUGUAUCUGUACCUGUUAACACCUGUAUUUUUGUACAUUUAUAUAGCAGUACAGGUAUACCUGUGUACACGCAUAUAGAUUUGUGUGCAUACACCUGUGAGUGUAUAGGUGUGCACAUAUGUAAAUGUAUACCUGUACACACUUGUGUGACACACCUGUAUGGCUAUGAAUGUGUGUGAGUGAGUGUUCCUGAUCGUACCAGUUUAUGUGCUUGCGUGAUUUGUCCACCAUUCAUUGGUAAUCUCUUUGUGACAUUAAAAUAAUGGCCAGUUAA